CACGAAGGCCAGCAUGCCGCUCUGGCUUCUAGUUCACGACCGAAGACAAUACCAAAGGAAGAAUUUUUCGAUAAUUUAUUCCAGAAAUUGAAGAAUCGUUUCGUGUCCGAGGACAACGAAAGAUUCCUACCAUGGAAUGAUCUCAGGCUCGUUUUAGACAAUAAUACAGUACGAGAAUGUAUCUUGCAGUUGGAUGUUGAGGAAGAACAGUAUAUCCAAAUUUACGGCGACCGGUGUUCCUCUAGUCGGCUUCGAAUUCUUGCAACCCUGAUUUUAACCGACUGCAUAGAUUACUAUCAUCUAAAUUCUUUUCUAGAGGAAGGAAUCUUUGACAAUUCGCUCCCUUUGAAGGAGGAGAAUGCGCCCGUUUUCACGCGCUGGACGGAUCGCGAAAAGAAUGCGUUCUGCAAAGAACAAUACAUCGUUCUCGCCCCUUGCUUUAACUUCAGCAGAGACAAGCUCAGACAUUAUAUAUUUGAUCCAAGCAUCCCGAUGCCAUUUUUUAAUCUUCGAAGUGUUGGCAGAGGGGGGGAUGGCAUGGUUUCGAGCGUGACGAUACAAAGUGGCCAUCACUGGGUUUCAGAACAGGGAUUGGGGACAGAAGGCAAGAUUUUUGCUUUGAAAGAAUUCACCAAAUACACUACGUUCGCGAAAGAGAGAGAAGCGCUGGACCACUUCAGUGGUGCCAAUCCCGGCCAUGACCAUCUCUCCAGACUUUUACUGUCGUUCGACCGGGCGAGCAAGUGGUAUAUGAUUUUUGAUUGGGCCAAUGAGGAUCUCGAGAACUUCUGGAAGACAUUUUCAAGUCAUCCAAAGUCCCACAUCCAUUUAAGUUGGCUCAUUGCCCAAUGUCACGGGAUGGCUGAGGGCCUGAGUAAAGUACAUGGAGACGGAGAGAAGCAACAGAUAUCCACAACCACACCUCCUAUCCCCGAUAGAGGUCGCCAUGGAGAUAUUAAACCAAGUAAUAUUCUCUGCUUUAAUCAGAACCGCCAUGGAGAGAUGAAACCAAGCAAUAUUCCCCAAGACGACAGUCGCUUAAUCGACUAUCAGCUCGUGGUUGCCGACUUCACACUAAUGCAUUUUCACUCCCCCUAUUCUUUGGGCGGCACAAGCCCCCGUAACCUGGCUUGCUCUAGGAGCUAUCGACCACCUGAAAAGGAUAUUGAAAGUGCCAUCAAGAUUGACCAGUCAUAUGACGUUUGGACCCUCGGGUGCGUGUACCUCGAGUUUAUUUCCUGGUACCUACUAGGUUACGAGGCCGUCAGGGAGGACUAUUUUUGCUAUCUUGGAAAGUAUGUCAAGUCUUUCCCAAAGAUGCGGAUGGAUGAGAAGUCAGACCUUCCUCAAGAUGAUUUUUUUAUCAUGACGAAGAACAGGUUCUUAUCCUUCCCUGCUGUUGUCAAACCAGGAGUUGUCAAGUGGUUCCAGUUCUUACGCCAAAAUAAAGACUGUAGUCAGGCUAUCCAUGACAUUUUGGACCUCAUUGAAAAGCACAUGCUAGUCCCUAAUCCCAAGGGUCGGUGGAAGAUGUUCGAAAUCAGUGAACGCCUCGAGACAAUACAUAAGAAAUGCGAGAGAGACGAGGCUUAUUGCUCAAAGGGGGUCCCGAGGCGGGUCAAUUUCAUAAGCCGGUUUGGCAAAGAUUUCCCGCCACAAGGCCGAGUCGCUGUUGUCCCCGAAACGUUUAUCCACAGAUCGAUCGGACACAAGCGUGAUCGAAAGGACAUUUUC